GCGCGCGUGCGCCGUCAGCUCUCGAGUUCGGUCUUUUUUUGGCAUUUAACUUUGAUUACCGCCAAGUGAAUUUCUUUUGUAACUACUCAGCUACAAGCUCCAAGCUCGACAAGUCUCUAUAUAGUGACAUAGAUACAUCAAGGUCAAUACAACUACAACUACAAUAACUACAACUACAACUACAGUGAACAUGGAAGGUCAGGCCAAGCAAGCAUACUUCGUCAAUGAAGCAUAUAAUCACGAAGAGCAGCCGCAUGGAGCGGGCGGAGGAGGCGACACCACGGCUGACAAUUUACCACGACGUCGCAGUGGUGGCAACACAAAGGAGUUGCAACUUAAUUUAUCGAAUAAAAAAGCACAAGAUCUGAUAGAUACUCCCACUGCGCCCACCAUCGAUUUUGAUGACAUUUUACCAAUGAUUGGCGAAUUUGGCAGAUAUCAAAAGAUUCUGUUUCUAUGCAUGAUUCCCUUCUCGUUCUUUGUGGCCUUUGUCUACUUUUCGCAAAUAUUUCUCACGCUCAUACCCGAACAACAUUGGUGUCAUGUCCCCGAACUGGAUGCCCUAGAUGUAGAAGCCAGAUUGGCGCUGUCAAUACCCAUGGUGAAGGGGGAAUACAACAAUUGCUACAUGUACGAUGUCAACUAUACGGAAGUGCUUGCCAAGGGAUUGAUUAUGGCGGAUCCCAAGUGGCCGCAGGUCAAGUGUCGCAGUGGCUGGUCCUACAACUUUACGGAGAUUCCCUAUUCCACGGUGGCCACGGAACAGAACUGGGUCUGCGAUGAUGCUGCUCUGCCCACAUAUGCCCAAUCCAUAUUCUUUCUGGGCGCCAUUGUUGGAGGAUUGCUGUUUGGCUGGGUGGCGGAUCGUUUUGGCCGCAUUCCAGCGCUGAUCAGCUGCAAUCUGAUGGGUCUUGUGGCGGGCGUGGCAACGGCGUUUGUUAACAACUUCUGGCAGUUUGCCACCAUGCGUUUCUUUGUGGGAUUUGCCUUCGACAAUUGCUUCACCAUGAUGUACAUAUUGGUGCUGGAGUAUGUGGGUCCCAAGUAUCGCACCUUUGUUGCCAACAUGUCCAUUGCCAUCUUCUUCACGGGUGCCGCCUGCCUCUUGCCCUGGAUUGCUUACUAUAUUGCGGAUUGGAAGCUGCUGACGAUUGUCACCUCGGCACCACUGUUGCUGGUGGUGUUGACGCCUUUGGUGGUGCCGGAGUCGGCGCGUUGGCUGGUCUCCCAGGGUCAGGUGGAUAAGGCCAUUUCCAUUCUCAAGAAGCUGGAGAAGCGCAAUGGACGCCAAGUACCAGAGCAAACUUAUCAGAUUUUCGGCGACAGCUGCAAACGCAUGCGGGAUCAGGAGAAGGCACAGAAUGCCAGUUACUCAGUCUUGGAUCUGUUCAAGUCACCACGCCUACGUCGCACCACGUUGCUCCUGAUUGUUAUCUGGAUGGCCAUAUCUCUGGUUUUCGAUGGUCAUGUGCGUAAUGUGGGCUCCUUGGGUCUGGACAUCUUCUUCACCUUCACUGUGGCGAGUUUUACGGAGCUGCCAGCGGAUACGCUUCUAACCGUCAUUCUGGAUCGCUUUGGACGUCGCUGGCUUGCCUGUGGUUCGAUGGUUGCCAGUGGCAUCUUCAGUCUCCUGGCCACUGUGGUGCCCGUGGGCGUCUACUCGGCGGCAUUGGCCAUCAUGGGUCGCUUCUUCGUCAACAUCAGCUACAACAUUGGUCUGCAGUAUGCCGCAGAGAUUCUGCCAACGGUGGUGCGUGCCCAGGGCGUGGCCUUUAUCCAUAUCAUGGGUUAUGUGGCCAGCAUCAUUGCACCCUUUGUGGUGUACUUGGCCAACGUAUCGGCGGCUCUGCCACUGAUCAUUUUGGGUCUGCUGGGCAUUUUUGGUGGUCUUCUAUCGUUGCUGCUGCCCGAGACACUGCAUCAUGAUCUGCCACAGACAUUAAGCGAUGGCGAAGAAUUUGGACGUGGUCAGAGUAUAUGGGAUUUCCCCUGUCUAGCCAAGCAGCUAGACGAGGAGGACACCAAGUGCAACACAGACGUGGAGGAGGUGCGUUCUCAGGCCUUUGUGCGUGGCACUCAAACAGGUGCAUCCCUCACUGCUUCGACGCGAGGUGAGCUGCGCUCAAGUAUUCUACGCCGAUCCAUUCAAUCUCGAAACUCCACCAAAUUGUAAGAUGUGAAUAACUUAUAGUAUAGGAUAUAAAGUAAUUAUAGUCUUGCAUUUUCAUAAGUUUCAUUAAUUUAAGUGAUUUCUUUAACGAUGUGAUAUUAAUUUUAAGUAAUAUCGUUGCCAUUUUGGCCUAAUAAAAAACUCAUAACCGAU